AAUGAAAAUUACCUCAAUCCUGACCUAGAGUUUGCAGAUCUACAAAAAACAAGUGGAACUACAGGCCAACAUUUGGACGUCACAUGUAUUGUAAUUUAAUAUCUCAUUGUUAACUGAAAAUGGGUUUGCGAGGCAUUGGCUUUCUUCUGCAGUGUUACCUGAUGUUGGCAGCAGCCAUGUAUUUUGAUCUCGGAGAGCAGGAGGAAAAAUGCAUCAUCGAGGAGAUUCCUGAAGACAUGCUAGUCACCGGUUAUUUCUUGUUGGAGCCUUGGGAUUUGAAGGCGUAUUCCCACUACCCUCAACUCGGCGUCACUGUGACAGUCAGAGACCCAAACCAUGAGGUUCUGAUGUCCAAACGCUAUGGUAAAUUUAGUAAAUUCACCUUCACAGCUCACGCCUCUGGUCAGCACUACCUUUGCUUCCAAACCAACUCCACAAGGUUUGCUGUCUUUGCUGGAGAGAAGCUGGUGAGACCUUAUCUUCUUGCAGGUCUUCAAAUGGCUUACUGGAUCUGUUGCAACUCCUGCUUCCUCUCUCCCAGUGCUGAAAGGAAACUAGCUGUCACAACCUGUGGCCAUAUCAUCUGUAAUACCUGUUAUCAGAAAGGCAAACCAGGUCAGUGUUUAAUAUGCAACACCAAAUGCCAAGUAUCACCUCUCACUGACAGAAGCAGCUCAGAGGUGAAGGCCCUGUUCUCCGACAUCAAUGUUGUGGCAACCAAACACUUCACGGAAAUCAGCAAAGUUGUAAUGUUCCAGGCAAGACAUCAAAAGAGACUGUUGACCUACUACCAGCAAAGGAAUGAGAAACUAGAAGAUGUAUUAGUCAAUAUGAAGAAAGAAAUGCAGCAGAUGGCAAAGAAGCUGAAUGAACAGAGUGCCUACAUCGCUAAGCUGGAAAACUCUUUUCAGCAUCAGAGUGCCAAAGUUUCAUCAGGGCCUCAGAUGAGCCAUAGUUCCCAUACUCCACUUGGACAUAAAUCAGUCCUACAGAUCCAAUAUACCUCCCCCAUGUCCCUCUCAAGACACUCCUCAACAACUAAUGUCACUGAAAACAUGGACCUAGAUGAAAGAAGUCUGUUCAGGAAACCGAACAAUGUCCCCAGACUGUCGUUGAUCAGUCCUCCGCAAGAUGGACGGAUGGGCACCAUCCCUCACAGGUCGUCCAAUCAGAACAUGAUGACGAACCAUUCUGCACGCUCUGCCUCAGUCAGUCGUUUUCAAGGAUCUCCAGUGACCCCAGAUAUGUCAUACAACCAGAGUUCUGGAUGGAAGUCUCCCAUCUUCAAACCUCUCACUUCCUUCAGACACUCCAUGUCCUCCCUGGUCGGCCCUCCUCCUUAACAAACACACACAUAAACUGACAGGAAGCCUUUAGAGGAAAUACACCUGGCCACUGACUGACUAACUAUAUCUUUCACAACUUAAAAUGAGUCACCAAAGAGGUUGUGUAAUGUGUUUUAACGACCCUGGAUUCACAAAUGAAAUUUAUUCGGCUUGUAUUGUGCUGUACAUUGAUGACUAAACUCUCUGUGUUGUUGAAUUGUCUCACAAUGAAUUAAAGGGAUGAAAUGAUGACA